GGAGGGGCGGAGGGAGGGGGCGGGACGGGACCGGACGGCGCGGGGAGCGCGGAGCCCCAGCCCGGCCCGGUCCGGUUUCCGGCCCGGCAUGCGCCGCAGCGCCCGGGAACAUGGCCCGGCGGAGCCCGCCGCGCAACGGUGUCGGCGGCCACGACUUUGAUUCUAAGAAGAAAAGAAAAGUGGCGGAAAUUUAUCAGGCUCUGAACAGUGACCCCAUUGAUGUGGCUGCGCUCAGGCGGAUGGCAAUCAGCGAGGGGGGGCUCUUGACGGAUGAGAUUCGUUGUAAAGUGUGGCCGAAGCUGCUCAGCGUUAAUACGGAUGACCUGCCCCCUCUUCCAGCAGGAAAGGAGCUGCGAGAGGACAAUAAAGAUUACCAGCAAGUGUUACUGGAUGUGCGGCGAUCCCUGCGCCGUUUCCCACCAGGGAUGCCAGAUGACCAGAGGGAAGGCUUGCAGGAGGAGCUCAUUGAUAUUAUCCUCCACGUCCUCAAGCGCAACCCCCAGCUGCACUACUACCAGGGCUACCAUGACAUCGUGGUCACCUUCCUCCUGGUGGUGGGGGACAGACUGGCCACAGCUCUGGUGGAAAAGCUCUCAACGCAUCACCUCAGGGAUUUUAUGGACCCAACGAUGGAUAAUACCAAGCACAUUUUAAAUUACCUGAUGCCCAUCAUAGACCAGGUGAACCCUGAGGUGCAUGACUUCAUGCAGAGUGCGGAGGUGGGAACCAUCUUUGCUCUCAGCUGGCUGAUCACCUGGUUUGGGCACGUUUUGUCUGACUUCAGGCACGUCGUGCGAUUGUAUGACUUCUUUCUGGCUUGCCAUCCGCUGAUGCCCAUUUAUUUUGCUGCUGUGAUCGUGCUGCACCGGGAGCAGGAAGUUCUGGACUGCGAGUGUGACAUGGCCUCUGUCCACCACCUCCUGUCCCAGAUCCCACAGGACCUUCCUUAUGAGACUCUGAUCAGCAGAGCCGGGGACCUUUUUGUCCAGUUCCCACCAUCCGAACUUGCCAGGGAGGCAGCUCAGCAGCAGGCUGAACGAACUGCAGCUUCCACUUUUAAGGACUUUGAGUUGGCGUCAGUGCAGCAGAGACCAGACACUGUGUUGAGGCAGCGCUUCAGGGAGCGGCUCCGAGGGGAGGAGCGGACAAAAUCCAUCUUGACAAAGCCAAGGACCAACCGCUUUGUCAAGCUGGCGGUGAUGGGGCUGACAGUCGCGCUGGGAGCAGCUGCCUUGGCCGUGGUGAAGAGCGCGCUGGAGUGGGCACCCAAGUUUGAACUGCAGAUUUUCCCUUGAAGCCAGCAGAAGAGCCUUCCCUAUCACCACAUCCUUCCCUGGCAGGAAGGGGUGAUGUUUGAUGAAAGGACAUGUCUGGAAAUGACCUAUCUGAAGAUUAUUUUUUAUUCUUGCUGCGUCCAGUGACGCUUUUGGCCUUUGCAACAGAGACUGAUGGGAACCAGCCCAGCGGGAUUGUUCCCCACACUGAUGAUCUCUCCUCCCCGUACAGGGGUGAGCAGAUGGGCACUGCCACCGUCUCAUGAGGAACUGGAGGUACGGACGAGUCAGGCUCUUCAGGCUGUGCACAGGUGACUGUACGAGUGGAGAGCCCUGUGUGGGCUAUGCCGAAAAGAUCCCGUGUUCUCUGUUGGGGAUAAUUAGUGGGAGCGAGGACAGAUCCUCGCCUGGAGGAGAGCAUCGUGGCAGGGUUUGGCCUGGGUGCGUGCAUGUGUGGGGGCGAGGCGCUGUUAUGCUCCUGAAGAACAGGGGAACCCUCUGGCUCUGCAUCAUUCUCUUGUGCAGGCUGCCAGCACUCCUCACCGUCUGCGUUCAGCUUCCCUUUCCUAUAGGCAACCUCUGAGUAGAGCCAAACCUUUCACAAACCCCUGCCAGUGCCCUGCCAUGAGGUUGUCUCCAGUGUGUAACACUCCCUGGCUUCUUUUGCUUCCUCAUCUUUGUAGCCUGAUCUGUUUACAGGAGAGAAGGGCAGGGGACAGGAGCGGACCUGCAGGACUGCCAGAGGGAGCUUAGCUCUCAGUCGCUGGGGCUCCUUUGCUGGCAGUAGCGUGGUCGUAUCUCAGGUCAGUGAGGUGAGAGACGAGUGUCGCUCACCCUGCCUGAGGCAUGUGCUGUCAUGUGCCAGAUCACGUCACCACGAGAAUUAGCGGCACCAUAAACACCCGUUGCAGACUUCUACAGCUCUGGAAGCAGGCUCUAACGCGGAGAAAGGUUUUUUCCACCUUGCGAAACACUUGCACAGGACAGAAGUUACUGCGAUAGGAAGUCUGUCUUAAAUCUCUCCCACGAGCUGAUCAGACUUCAGCGUCACUCUUCGGAAUAACACAAGUGAGGGAUUUUCCCAGAAAGGCCACCUCCAACCCCUGCAUAGCUCCCGUUUCCCCACCCAGUCCCAUUAACAGUCCUAGCGCUCCCUGCCCUCCAAGCUAAGCAGCAAAUCCUUCUAGACAACUUGGUGUCCCACUGAGACAAAGCCAAUAGACACUAUAUGCCUCUACCUCUCCCCUGAGCUGCUAAACCUCCCGCAAGUGCCCUUACCUGUCCCUUACAGCUCCCACCCAGCUCCCCCGCCGUUGCUGUGUUGUGCCCAAAGCCAUCUGUGCCGUACCCAGGGGCUGCGUACCUGAAAAUCAGGUGUUGGUUGAAGAGUUACAGAUUUCUGGAUGGAGAAGAAAACUCAUGCCCUGCAAAGCUCAGCACCCUCCUGUCCCAACCCCCUGCCUGGUGGUUUGUAACCACCUCUGUGUUAGUUCUGGGUUGUCCCCUGGGCCCUCAGUCUUGGAGGACCUGUGCCUUUCUGAUGGUCGGGCUGGGCAGAGGGCAUGCGGGCAGUUGUUACAUCUGACCUGUGUUUCCAUGAAGCUCUGAGCAGAGAAGUUUCCUUUGCCUCUGCAGGCUGAAAGCUGAAGUGUGUGAAUCUGCAGAGGCAGGGCAGAGACCUGUUGCCUCUGCUGCUCGCUGGUGCCAGCAGCUGGCUCAUGCCAGGGCUGUCUGUGCUGUUGGUGAGAGCUGGGAGCUGCUCUUGGGUCUCCCCUCCCAGCGUGGGUGAAGGCAGAGCCGGUUUCUGGCCCUCGGCACCUCCCCAGGGCAGUGGUGGCGCAGGGUGGAGGGCUGGGUGAUUUAGCACUUUAGAAACUCAUGGUGCAGGAGAGCCUGUGGUGGCUGCGGUGACCUCGGGCUGCUGUCAGAGGUCCCAGGACCCCUCUGUACACUCCCCCACUGCCCUGAAGGAGGGGAUGGCUGGACCCCGCCCUGGGGGGAAGCCCCUGCAGCCUCCCAGCUCUCUGGCCAUGAUGCACUUUAGUUCUUGUGUUGCCCCUGGGGGAGGAAGGGCCUGGGAGGAGACGGUCGCUUUGGGUGCUUCAGUUACUCUGUACAGACUUACACAUACCUGUGUAAAUGCAGAUUUGUACAAACCCUAUAACUGUAAAAUAAACAGUUAACACAC